UCAGUGACAGCCGCACAUUAUCAAAAAAAAAUUCAAAGCGAAAAGAGGGUGUUUUUAGUGCGCAAGCCACAUUUUGUGGAUAAAGAAAACGAAAAGAACAAUUGAAUAAAUUGCGAAAGCAACGUAACAAAUAUUUCAAGAACAUCGGACCCGUGACAUUAUAGUGUGAAUAGUGAAAGCCAGCAAUUAUUGCACUUUGCCACUGCAUUUUGCAUAUUCGAAUUGAUAUACAUACGGAUUUCAAGUGAUUUUUAAGCUUUAAAAUGGCCAAGGACUUCUACAAAAUUCUGGGCAUUGAUCGUAAGGCCUCUGACGAUGAGAUCAAGAAGGCUUACCGUAAACUGGCUCUUAAAUACCAUCCCGAUAAAAACAAGAGCCCGCAGGCUGAGGAGCGUUUCAAGGAGAUUGCCGAGGCCUAUGAAGUUCUGUCUGACAAGAAGAAACGUGACAUCUUCGACACAUACGGAGAGGAUGGCUUGAAGGGCGGCACGCCCGGACCAGAUGGCAACAGUCAGCCGGGAGCCUACAACUACCAGUUCCACGGUGAUCCAAGAGCCACCUUUGCUCAGUUCUUUGGCUCGUCGGAUCCAUUUGGCGUUUUCUUUGGCGGCGGUGACAUGUUUGGUGGCGGCCAAGGCGGUAAUACCAAUGAGAUCUUCAUGAACAUUGGCGGGGAGGACAUGUUUGGAGGCGGGGGCUUUGCUGCUAAUCCCAUGGCUGGUGCUUUCCGCUCGCAGUCUUUCAAUGCCCAAGCUCCCAGCCGAAAGCGCCAACAGCAGCAGGAUCCUCCUAUCGAACAUGAUCUGUAUGUGACUCUGGAGGAAGUGGACAAGGGCUGCACCAAGAAAAUGAAGAUCUCACGCAUGGCCACUGGAAAUACUGGGCCGUAUAAGGAGGAGAAAGUGCUGAGCAUCACAGUAAAACCGGGGUGGAAGGCUGGGACCAAGAUCACAUUCCCCAAGGAGGGCGAUGCGGCACCCAACAAGAUACCGGCUGACAUCAUCUUCAUCAUUCGCGAUAAACCACAUUCACAGUUCAAGCGCGAGGGCAUCGAUCUGAAGUACACAGCCCAGGUUAGUCUGAAGCAGGCCUUAUGUGGAGCACCAGUCAGUGUGCCCACGCUGCAGGGUGAUAGGAUACCAGUGAAUACAAAUAACGAGAUCAUCAAGCCCACCACAACGCGGAGAAUCAGUGGACGAGGUCUGCCCGUGCCCAAGGAGCCAUCAAGGCGCGGCGAUUUGAUCGUAUCCUUCGACAUCAAGUUCCCCGACUCACUGCCGCCAAGCCUGCGAAAUCAGCUGGCCGAACUGCUGCCCAACUAAGCGGGUGGGAAUGUGCCAGCUACACACUAUUGUUAUCACUUUAGUUAAGGCCUAUAUUUAGUUUUAUCGUAUGUAUUCGUAAGACGCCUAAACCCAACCAAUUGUAGCCCGAAGCUAGUGAGUGUGCCAAGCGAACAGCUGUAGAUAUUGGCCGAGGAUGAAGACGUUAGAUAAGAUAGGGAGGAGAACACACAGAGAGCCUGUAUUGUGUUGGAGACUGAUUGACUAUUGAUUAUUAUACCCUAGUAAACACCAUUUCCAUAAUUUGUUUUGCCGGUAUUCUGUCGGCGCUAAAAUAUCUUAAAUUUAGUUAUCUCAAUCAAGUUAAGAAUAAAUGAAAGGUAUUACAAAUUGAAAGUAACUCACGAUUUUUAAAGCAUGGCACACCUUCGGCAUUCCAAUUCCAACACGGGAAGGUUACUUAUAUUAGUAAAAACAAAACAAUUAUAGUUUUAUAAACAGUAGGUCCUAGUACGUUUUAGUACCAAUUUUAUUAUGUUUAACAAUAAAGUAAUUUAUACAAA